AUGAAGUACUGCAAAUAUGGAUCAAUAGAAGAUGGUGAUGACCUUCGACCUGAAAAUACAGAUUUAUCAUCUGGUGGGGCGGAAAAGCAAUACUUACAACCAACCCGAUUACGCUUCAUUGUAUCAGCCUUGUUUAUGUUGGUGGUAGCUUUUGUUCUCGCGGAGACUCUACACAUUCCAUUCAAGAACAUUCAUACAUUUCAAGAUGAAGAAUCCUCGUUGAUACAGGACACAUCAAACAGCGUCGUCCUGUCGUCAACCACCUCUUCAUCUGCGCUGUUAGCUUCGGAAAAUUCUACUUCCUUGGAAUCUUUUCAAUGGCGGAGGGUUUCGAAUGGCAACUUUUACGUUGGCUAUUUGGAGUUCUGCAAUAUUGGCAAUGAUACUUUCUUUUAUCGAACCGCAGUGUCUCCUACAAAUUCAUCUUCCAUCCCAUGCGAGAAUUCGAAAUCGACAGUAUCACCAGUCAUUCGGAUACGUCCCAGAAUGAAUUACAAACUCAUUCUAAUCAAUCGAUCAAAUCAGCCUACCAACUUACAUACACACGGUUUUCAUGUCUCCGGGGUUGGGAUCUCUGACGAUAUCACAAGAAAAGUGGACCCUGGAUUCUGCUUGGAAUAUCACUAUCGAAUAAAAGACAAUGCAGAUGUCGGAACCUUUUGGUAUCAUUCCCAUCGGCAUCCUAUUUCAUCAAAGCAAGUUGCAGGAGGCGCCUAUGGGCUCCUCAUCAUUGACGAACCACACAUGGAUACCUUUCCACUGCAUUUGCAACGGUUCUUCCGAAAUGAAGUGCUACUACAAUAUGCUGGCAUACGUCACAAAGACAAGAUUCAUCGAACACAUCUUUUGAAUGGACGCAAAGAAGCAAUGAACAUUACCAUGAACAGCAACGAGUACUACUACUUUCGAGUAUCUUUCGUCGUCAUAUCUGACCCCGUUUCGUACUUUGAAAUCUUGCCGGAGGGUGCUUGUGAAGCACGACCAAUGGCCUACGAUGGAGUCUUUCGAAGUACCUUGCCACAUCCGGAAUCGAGUGCCAAACACAUGUUAACUUUGUCGUCCCGACUGGAUCUUGCCAUGAAGUGCACAGACGAUGCUCAAGUUGUCUUUCAUCAGGGUGAACUAUCAAGUGGUGCCGGGCUAUUGAACAUUCGAGUUAUUGGAGACGACAAUGAUGCCAGCAAGGAGACCAAAAGUAAACAAGUUCGGGCAUCCCCAUAUUGGGAUGCUGAACAAGAGACUAGCUGGACCCCUCGGCGGCCAUACUACAUGCCAGAUUUGGUCAAUGUCAAUACCAAUUUCUGGAAAGUGAAUAAGUGGAAUGUCACAAUGGACUCUGUCAUGGUGACCAAAGGAAAUGAUACUAAACCGGUAAAGAAAUGGUCCAUCAAUCAGAUGCGUUGGGACCCUGAUAUUGCUAUACGAGAGCUGCAACUGGGGCAGCUAGUAGAGUGGACGUUAGUGAACACUGGUCCACACCCGUUCCAUAUACAUGUCAAUAAAAUGCAGAUCGUUCAGGAGGGAGGGUGUGGAUAUCGAUACGAGGAGGGAGAGUACUACGACACAAUCUCUUCGGAGGAACCGUGUUUAGUCAGACUACAAUUUUGGGAUUUUUCGGGAAGGAUCGUGGCUCACUGUCAUAAGUUGUCCCAUGAAGACCAUGGGAUGAUGGUUUGGAUAGACGUGAUGGGCAGUGAUCAUGGAGUCAAUGGGACUAAACAAGCAGAAUGUAGUGACUUUGCUUUGCUGGACCCGCAGGGACCGUGA